UUCGGCGUUGCGCAGUGGAGUAUCGCUGGCCGCCAUCACCGCACACAAGCUAGCUUUAGCCCCAAAAGACUCAGAGGCGAGCGGCUGACAACAACACAACAGCGAUAAUAGACGGACCUGAUUCCCAAAGUGGAGGUCAAAGAGUUUCCCUGCCACUUUCAGUUUGCCGGAAAAAACAAGCAACCGCCUUUCAUGUAGUCUUUCAAAGUACCCUAGAAACGACAGUCGUUCUAACUAAUCAUGUCCAAUCUCAAAGGCGGCACCAAGAAGGAUACCAAGAUGAGGAUACGAGCCUUUCCUAUGACUAUGGAUGAGAAGUAUGUGAACAACAUUUGGGACCUUCUUAAAAAUGCCAUCCAGGAGAUUCAAAGGAAGAACAACAGUGGGUUGAGCUUCGAGGAGCUGUACAGGAACGCCUACACCAUGGUGCUCCACAAGCAUGGCGAGAAGCUCUACACUGGUCUGCGGGAGGUCGUCACCGAGCAUCUCAUCAACAAAGUACGGGAAGAUGUCCUAAAUUCUCUAAACAAUAACUUUCUGCAAACACUGAAUCAAGCCUGGAAUGAUCAUCAGACUGCCAUGGUUAUGAUCAGAGACAUCCUCAUGUACAUGGACCGGGUCUAUGUUCAGCAAAAUAAUGUGGAGAAUGUGUACAACUUGGGCCUCAUCAUCUUCAGAGACCAGGUGGUGCGCUAUGGCUGCAUUCGAGACCAUCUCCGGCAGACCUUACUCGACAUGAUUGCGCGCGAGAGGAAGGGAGAAGUUGUAGACAGGGGGGCGAUCAGGAAUGCUUGUCAGAUGCUGAUGAUUCUUGGCUUGGAAGGCAGGUCUGUGUAUGAAGAAGACUUUGAAGGCCCUUUCCUAGACAUGUCUGCUGAAUUCUUCCAGAUGGAGAGCCAAAAGUUCCUAGCUGAGAACAGUGCCAGCGUUUACAUAAAGAAGGUGGAGGCCAGAAUCAAUGAGGAGAUUGAGCGAGUGAUGCACUGCUUGGACAAGUCUACGGAAGAGCCCAUUGUCAAAGUGGUGGAGAGGGAGCUCAUUUCCAAGCACAUGAAGACCAUUGUGGAGAUGGAGAACUCUGGCCUGGUUCAUAUGCUCAAGAAUGGCAAGACAGAAGACCUGGGCUGCAUGUACAAGCUGUUCAGUCGUGUGCCAAAUGGUCUAAAGACUAUGUGUGAGUGUAUGAGCUCUUACCUGAGGGAACAGGGCAAGGCUCUGGUGUCUGAGGAGGGAGAAGGCAAGAACCCUGUUGACUACAUCCAGGGCCUGUUAGACCUGAAGACGCGGUUUGACCGUUUCCUCCUUGAAUCCUUCAACAACGACCGUCUCUUUAAACAAACCAUUGCAGGAGACUUUGAGUAUUUCCUCAAUCUCAACUCCCGCUCACCAGAGUAUCUAUCGCUCUUCAUUGACGAUAAGCUCAAGAAGGGAGUCAAAGGGUUGACAGAGCAGGAGGUGGAAUCAAUACUGGACAAAGCCAUGGUGCUGUUCAGGUUCAUGCAGGAGAAAGACGUGUUUGAAAGGUACUACAAACAGCAUCUGGGCCGCAGGCUGCUUUCCAACAAGAGCGUAUCUGACGACUCAGAGAAAAACAUGAUUUCUAAGCUCAAGACAGAAUGUGGCUGUCAGUUCACCUCUAAACUGGAAGGGAUGUUCAGAGACAUGAGCAUCUCCAACACCACCAUGGAGGAGUUUAGGCAGCACUUACAGUCCACCGGGGUGUCUCUAGGUGGUGUCGACCUCACCGUAAGAGUCCUCACUACGGGCUACUGGCCCACACAGUCUGCCACGCCCAAAUGCACCAUCCCCCCCUCUCCCAGACAUGCCUUUGAAGUCUUUAGAAGGUUUUAUUUGGCCAAACACAGUGGCAGACAGCUCACACUCCAGCACCACAUGGGCUCAGCAGACCUCAACGCAACCUUCUAUGGAGCCGUUAAAAAGGAGGAUGGUUCAGAAUUGGGUGUAGGAGGAGCCCAGGUGACAGGCUCUAACACCCGCAAGCACAUACUACAGGUCUCCACCUUCCAGAUGACCAUCCUCAUGCUCUUUAAUAACAGAGAAAGGUCUACUUUUGAGGAGAUCCAGCAGGAGACAGACAUCCCGGAGCGGGAGCUUGUGCGGGCGCUGCAGUCCUUGGCUUGCGGGAAGCCCACGCAGAGAGUUCUCACCAAGGAGCCCAAAUCCAAGGAGAUAGAGAACGGCCAUGUGUUUACAGUUAAUGAUCAGUUUACUUCCAAACUGCACAGAGUGAAAAUACAGACAGUCGCUGCUAAACAGGGUGAGUCGGACCCAGAAAGGAAGGAGACACGACAGAAGGUGGAUGAUGACAGGAAGCAUGAGAUUGAGGCAGCCAUCGUCCGAAUCAUGAAAUCCAGGAAGAAGAUGCAGCACAACGUCCUGGUUGCAGAGGUGACUCAGCAGCUGCGGGCACGUUUUCUUCCCAGCCCUGUGGUUAUCAAGAAGCGUAUUGAAGGACUAAUAGAAAGAGAGUACUUGGCAAGGACGCCGGAGGAUCGUAAAGUCUACACUUAUGUUGCAUAGAGAGAGUAUGGAUGCGAGGAGAAAGAGACUGGAAGGGGGGGGGGCAAUGGGAUGUUUUUUUCCUUUGGACUGUUGUUUCGCAUGGACUGGAAGUUUCUUUUCAAGAUAAAUGCUGGGAACCUGACUCAUCAUCCAUUACAAAACAAUAAAUACACAUAGAAAUCGGAAUAAAGUCAAUGCAGAGAAAAAAAUCCAAAUGUCGUAGGUGAUUUUUAAAUCGGGCCCACUCUUCCUUUUCCCUGUGAGUUUUAACAUGGAUGGAUCCAGCUUCAAGCUUUUCACUGUUUUACCCUUGUAGAGAUCAAACUUGCAAAGAAUCCCUUGGGAAAAAUGUGAAUGCACCACAUUAUUUUUUGUUUUCAAUACUGUAUAAAAAAUGAGAAAAUUAUUAAAAACAGCAGCAACUGUGGAUUGUUACAAAACUGAAAUAAAAAUAUUGAGUAUUGAUGCACUGUGGUUUUCCACUAGUUAUCUAGUCUAAAGAUGCUUGUCCAUACAACUGUAAGUUAUAAAAACUAUUUUUGUUUGCCUUCUA